AUGACUAUCUGUAAUUAUAACGCACGUACGCUUGCAUCGGAAGCGGCCAUCAAAGAUCUGAUGAUGCAAGCCAAAAAGAUUAAGUACGACGUCAUCGGACUGACCGAGACGAGACGACGUCACCCUUUCAACGCCGUAAAUGAAACUAUAGAAGAACUGUUCUUAGAAACAUGCGACAGUAGAGGUGUUGUUGGGGUUGGCAACCUCGUCAACACGAGUACGGCAAAGAACAUCGGCAUUUUCGAACAACUUACGACCCGAAUCGGACGUCUGCGGAUGAGAAGAUGUGGAUCAACACCAGCUUUGACUAUCUUCACCGCUUAUGCUCCAACAUCGAGCUACGAAGAAGUUGAAGCUUCCUAUAUGAUCUGA